AUGGCAUCCAAGCGAAACCCACUCCGCGACCUCACACCAACAGAGUCCGACUUAGACAACAACGAAACCACAGGCCAGGGGGAGAAGCUCCGCGAGAAAGCCACCAAGGCCCUCCACGGCCCCAACGCAAACCCAUCCCAGCUAGGCGACCCUAUAAGCCUCAAGGCCGAGGCAAGCGACAACAUCCCCAAGCCUGACGAAGACGGGGCCCAGUCAUCAUCGUCAACAUCAUCACCGUCGCAGAGCGGCAGCAGCAGCAGCACAGGCGGCGGCGAGACGCUCCGCGAGAAGGCAGCCAAGAAGCUCCACGGACCGGACGCCAACCCGUCGCAGCUCGGCGACCCCAUCAGUCUCAAGGCGGAGCAGAGCGACAAUGUCCCCACGCCGAGCGAGGAGGGGGCUCACCCUGGGAAGAAGGGGAGAUCGUCGAAGCUAUGA